AAGAACUUUCUCUGCGUUAUCUGCCAGGCGGCUUGUGAAACGAGGCCAGAAGAGCGCGUACAAAGUAUGGCGAAUGGAGGUCGAUGUGGUUCAGAAUUGUCAAACAGCUCCCGGAUGGGAGAAAGCCAACGCGACCGUGAGUGAUCUUCCGCUGCGUUAUCAGUUAAGCCGCAGAGUCAAUCUAAAGUCGGGCCAGGCUUACGGAUUGUGGUUACGGGUUCCGUGGCAAAACUGAUGCAAAGGUUUAUUUUAAGACGACCAAGUGUACGACAGUGCCCAUUUGGCAGGUUGGACGGAUUGUCGUAAUGUGUGCACGAGUUCGUUAGUGGCGAUCUUCCUUCCGGUGUGAGCAAGUGAAACGAGUGAGAAUGUUUAACUUUAGCCCAGCUGGAACGUCGGGCGAGAAGGAACCGUUGCUGAGUGGCAAACAGCUGUGGCCAGCAGUGCAGAAGCCAGAAGGAUCUAAAUUGGGUGCUGCAUUCCUUCGGGAUGUUCCUUUGCCACAGGAGUCGGAAGAGGUGUAUCGACACCCGUGCCUGGAAUGGCUAUCUGGAGUCUUUAUCAUCCCGCAGCGGGUGAUAUUGGCGAUCAUGGGCUUUCUCGCGAUCAUGAACGCGUACACGAUGCGCAUUUCCCUGUCGAUCGCGAUCACGGAGAUGGUAAACAAGACGGCCGGUGGUGCGACGGAGGACGAGGGUGGCGUUUGCCCGAUCGACGAAAGUGCCAACCCGGAGGAUUUUACCGGCGGUGAGUUCGACUGGGACGAGGAACUGCAGGGCAUUAUCCUGUCCUCGUUCUACUGGGGCUACGUCAUCACACACAUCCCCGGUGGUAUGUUGGCGGAAAAGUUCGGCGGCAAAUGGACGCUCAGUUUGGGCAUCCUGUCGACGGCCAUCUUUACGCUGAUUACACCGUGGGCGGUGGAACUCGGCGGCUCGACGGCACUCAUCGUGAUUCGUGUGUUGAUGGGACUGGGCGAAGGAACAACGUUCCCGGCGCUGAGUGCGCUGAUGGCGACCUGGAUUCCGGCCAAGGAGCGUAGUAAGCUAGGAUCGCUAGUGUUUGGCGGUGGACAGGUCGGUACGAUUCUGGGCAAUCUGCUGUCGGGCGUGUUGCUGCACAACAUCGAUGGCUGGUCGUCGGUGUUUUACUUCUUCGGCGGUUUGGGAAUUUUAUGGUUUGUGAUCUUCACACUGAUCUGCUACAGCGAUCCGGAAUCCCAUCCGUUCAUCAGCGAAAAGGAGAAGGCCUAUCUGAAGCAGGAACUGGGAACGCUGGAGCGCGAUCGUACGCUGCCACCAACUCCUUGGCGCUAUAUCCUCACGAGCGUUCCAAUGAUGGCGCUGGUUUGUGCUCAGAUCGGACACGAUUGGGGCUUCUUCAUUAUGGUUACGGAUCUUCCCAAGUACAUGAGUGAUGUGUUGCGGUUCUCCAUCAAGGACAAUGGUCUGUACUCCUCCCUUCCGUAUCUGGUCAUGUGGAUUGUCUCACUGUCCACUGGGGUCCUGAGCGAUUGGCUCAUAACGUCUGGACGUAUGACUAUCACCUUCGGACGUAAGCUGUUCACUACCAUCGCCUCCGUUGGACCGGCCUGCUUCAUCGUGGGCGCCUCGUACGCCGGUUGCGAAAAGGCGGUGGUCGUCAUGCUGUUCACCUUCGCCAUGGGUCUCAUGGGUACGUUCUACCCGGGCAUGAAGGUGAACCCGCUCGAUCUGAGUCCGAACUAUGCCGGUACGCUGAUGGCCAUCACGAACGGCAUCGGUGCCAUUACCGGCAUCAUCGCACCGUACGUCGUCGGUGUGAUGACACCCAAUCACACCCUGGAAGAAUGGCGAAUUGUGUUCUGGAUCUCGUUUGCCGUCUUCAACGUCACCAACCUGGUGUACAUCCUCUGGGCGUCCGGUGAGGUGCAGCCCUGGAACACGCCCCAUCUGAUGAACAAGUCCGUCGAGGCGGGCGACUCGAACGGUGAAGACAGCGAUCCGGCCGUGGCAAAGAAAAGCGUACAAUCUCAAGAUGCCAUAAAGCAGUAAGAAGAAAUUCCUCCCUGAAUCCCUCAAGCCGGGGGAGUUUUUCGAACAGAACAAAGCUUCCGUUUGCGUGGAAAGCAAUCGGGAAGAGAUACAAACGUUGCGAAAAUAGAAGAGGUAAGCUGUUUUGUUUUUGUUUAAGUGUUUUAAUAAGCGCAUAACGCCAUUGUGCUGGUGUUGUGUUGUACGGAUUAAUAGUUAAUCCGACCGUAGGCCACGCGACUGCUCUACUGAAACGUGUAGGUUAAUCCCUCUCGCCACUGAUGCCCGACGGUGAUGAUAAGAUAUUCAGUUCUGUUGAGUUUAUUUAUACCACUUAUCAGGUAGGAUAGGGACGCGUUAGAAUUUACGAUUUUGGCACAGUAAAACGGGUACACGAGGAGAACAAAACGAUGGAACAGUAUCAUCAUCGGUUAUAUGCCAGCAGUGCUGGAUUAGAAGUGGUCGAUUAGAUCGGGACGGAACAUGUGUACAUGAGGCGAUAAGAAAUUAAAAUAAAGAUCAAAUGAACAAUAUGAACAUA